GUGUAAGACAGAGACACACAUGCAUGGAGCGGCGAAUCGAAAGCAGAGAGUGUAUCCAAUACAAUUCUUCUCCGAAGACUGAGGAAAAUGAGCGAGAGUGAGCGAGCAAGAGAGUGGAAAACGCACACACGAACACGAAAAAUUCUGAUGUGGAAAUAUGGAAAGUUCGAAAAACGGAAAAGCUUUCGCACAUAAUACUCGUCACAUCACUCAGCACUAGGUCGUCAAAGAAGAGAAAAAGUGCCAUACCACACACACAGCUGCUGCUGUGGUAUUUAUCGACCAAAAAGUGGAAAUAAUUGAUUGAAAAAUUACGAAUUAAAAACAGAAAUUCUUGAUCACCAACAAAAAAUCGAAUGUAAUUUUAGUUAAAAGAAUUUUUCAUCUUUUUGUUUGUUGAAAAAUCAGUGAUACAGAAACAGAAGCGUGAAAGAAAGUGAGUGAGAACGAACCAGAAAAAAAAAGCACACAGAGAGAGAUAUAUUAUUUAGCAAGCACUUCAGAAAACAAAACACACUAGCUACAAACGACCCAGUUGAGGAUUAGUAUUAUUUUCGCUUUGGAUAUAUGCAAACGAAACGUGACGCACACAGGAAAUAAAGCAGUUGUUGAUGAGGAGCAGCGAGUGCGAAUAAGCGAGUGAGAGAAGGAUAUAUAUGGAAAUAUUCACAAGAGCAACACAAUAAAAAUACGCUAUAGGGAUUCCGUGAGUGUGUCAAAGAGGAAUGAAGAAUUAAGUGCAAUUAAUCGAUUUGAUUUUCAUUAAAAUGUGCUAAUGAAACGAUCCAAAGUAACGAAAUACUAAGCGGAAGUAAACCAACGCAAAGAUAAACACACACGCAGAAAUCAAAUUUAAAAUUGAAAAAACGGAAUGAAAAAAUCGAUGAAAACCACGAUAAAUUACACAUUUCAAUAUGCUUCUUGAAACGAGUCGAAAACGAGUACAAACAGACAAGUGGACGUGUGUUGAUUAAAAUCAAGAAUUCGAUCAGAAAAUACAAAUCAAAUCGAAAUUGAAAAAGUGAAACCAGAAAUAAGUGAAAGAAAAUAGUGAUUUGGCUUUGUUCGAUAGCAUCCAAAUUUGGCGCAAUCAUGUGGGAAAUACGUUUAGAGUGUGUUUUUAGCCAAAUACAAUUAUCGUAGUUGGGAAAAAAAAGACAAAAAGCAUCCCCAGUCAAAUCAAACCGCUUAACCGAAUUGAAUUCCUAACAUAUUUGCAUAGCUGCAAAUUUAUUUUGAAUUUAUUUCAAAACGUGUCGACAGACAGAAACGGAAAAUAGAAGAAGAAGAAGAAGUAAAACAAUUGCAACAAAAGAAUCUGCGGUGAAACAGCGAGCAAUCACCACAAAGAAAAAUUUCGAGUAAAAAGAAAAUAAAGACACAAAAGAUAGAAGAAGUGUCGAUAUAUACGAAUGUGCGCGCAUAUGUGCACCAUUUUAGUUUGACAUACAGAAAUCAUAAUUUUUGCUGUCGUUCGGUGUGCACCUUCGUGAAUCAAGAUCGAAAAAAUAAUAACAACAACAACACAGUGUCAAAUUUUCUUUCAAAUCAUUGUGGCUAGGGAAAAUGCAACAGCCACCAUAUUCAACGCAACAAGUCAAUUUCAAUUAUUCCGCACAAAACAAUGAACCUCCAGCGAUUGCACCAAAUUCUCCUGGGUCAGCAACGACCACAACAGCAACAACGCCAACCGCUGCAGCGAAUGCAAACUCGUCGACGGGCCGAGCUCAGAUAAAUGGCGGCCGCUUUGAUUUCGAAGACGGCGGAACGUAUUGCGGAGGUUGGGAUGAAGGGAAAGCACAUGGACAUGGCGUGUGCACGGGACCAAAGCAUCAAGGCGCUUAUUCAGGUGCAUGGAACUAUGGCUUUGAAGUGUCUGGUGUUUACAUCUGGCCAAGUGGAUCAUCAUUCGAGGGUCAAUGGCAAAAUGGAAGACGGCAUGGAUUAGGUGUGGAAACUCGAGGACGAUGGAUUUAUCGCGGUGAAUGGACCAGCGGCUCAAAGGGUCGUUAUGGUGUCCGACAAAGUGCUACAUCAACAGCGAAAUAUGAAGGAACUUGGGCGAGUGGCUUACAAGACGGAUACGGCUCAGAAACCUAUGCUGAUGGAGGUACAUACCAAGGUCAAUGGCAAGAAGGGAAACGACAUGGCUACGGUGUUCGAACGAGCGCACCGUUUGGUCUUGCAUCACACUAUCGACCAAAAAAUAUUCAAACAUCAAUGACUUCGUUGCGAAGCAAUGAAGGGGGCAGCGGAAGUGUUGAUGCCGCUGAAAAGCGUAAUCAUCGGAUGGACGAAAUUCGUGGCGGUUUUGUGUUGAAAGCCAAAUCCGAUGAAUCUCCAGCACGACGAAAUAGUUUAGUAGACAAAACGAGAAAAGGACUUUUAUCGGGCUUAAAAUUGAAGAAAAUGCGGAGCACCGGCGAUUUGGAGAAGCGUGGCAAUGCAUCGGGCAGUAUUAGAUCAACAAUAUCGACUGCAUCAUGGAUUAGUACAGGAUCAUCACAAUCUGCUAUAUCAAAUAAGUCUGUGCAAACAGAUUCAAAUGCCAGUUUUACAGUAGAUGAAGAGCACUUAGAUCCAAGUGUAACCGAAGUGUAUAUGGGUGAAUGGAAACGUGAUAAACGAGAUGGAUACGGUAUUUCAGAGCGUAGCGAUGGCCUUAAAUAUGAAGGAGAGUGGCACAAUAACAAGAAGCAUGGCUAUGGUGUGACCACAUUUCGUGAUGGUUCUAAAGAGGAGGGCAAAUAUAAAUACAAUGUAUUGAUAACGAGUCAAAAGAAGAAGCAUUUGUUUUUGAUGCGAUCGGCAAAGUUUCGUGAGCGCAUCGAUGCAGCGGUCAGUUCGUCACAACGUGCCUCAAAAUAUGCAUUACAAAAGGCUGACAUUGCGGUAUCACGAACGGCGACUGCACGUAGCAAAGCCGAAAUGGCCGAUUCAGUGGGCGAUCAUGCACGUGUCGAUUCGGAAAUAGCGGUGGCAACAGCGCGUGAAUUUGCGCCCGAUUUCAAGCCAUCGGUGUUGGAUCGUUUCGAGCGGCUUCGGGUUAGGGAUCGUUAUCGAUCACCAAACGAUCCGCCAAUGCCAUCGGUGACGGCGCAUAUUAAACCUCACCUAAUGACACAGGCCAGCAGUAACACAACCCCAAAUCAUUUGCCAACACAGGCCAGCAUCGAUUCGACGCCACAAAAACAACCAUCAUUUCCAAAUCAAGCCUCACUCCGUCGCCAGUCGAUGCUACAGAAACAGGCAUCGAUCGAUGUACCGCCCGGUGCCAACAUCGGACCGUUGCCACAGCACACAUUACACUACACACCUCCAAUUGGAACGCAACCACCAUUUAAAACGUAUCAACCGGAUAUGUACAACAGUUACGGCAAUCAAGAGCCAUCCAAUCUAUCCAAUUACAAUACGCCGAAUCAAAAUGUUUUCACUCAGUCAAAUACACAACAAUUUAAUAAUAGUAGCUAUACGGGCAAUGUUCCACAAAUGCAAUCAAAGUAUCCUGCAAAUAAUAUGAUGCAAUCGCCGUACGGUGGUGCUGGCGAAUCACAAAUGCAAUAUGGACAACAGUAUAAUACUCAGCAACAGUCCUCAUACCAAAAUUAUAGCUUAGGUAGCCAACAAGUGGAUGGAGCACAAGAUUACCAAAGCGGUGCCGUUUCACAGUAUGCCAAUCAACAAUAUUCAAAUCAAAAUCAAUACGAUCAAACGGAUAACACACCCGAUUUGGGGCCUGGACCAUCGAAUUUACGACGAAACUCACGUAACGUUAACGAAUCAACGCGGCCACACAUUGGCUCAUCAUUUUCACAAUCUUCCAUCGAUCAUUUUGAUCAUUAUAAACGGCCACCGAGCCGUGAUUCAUCCGUAGAUAGAUAUGCACGUGCCGCCAGCAGACUGGGCGGUUCACGACAACCAUCAAUCGAUCGAAGCAUUUUACCGCCAACAAACAAUUUGAAUCCGUCACAAAAUCAAGCCACCGCUGACACCGUUGAUCGUAACACACGCGCGGGAUCUGCAUUUAGAAACAUAGGAUCGGUUGCAAUGACACCAGCAGUACCAAAUCAGUCGUCAGUCAAUCCAGCUGGAAAUGGUUCUGUAAUGACUGGCAUUGGAAAGCCAUCGCCUCGCGCAUCAUUGACAUCGUCGAGUGUGCAGCCAACGUACUCAACGCCAAAUCAACCGUUCGAAGAUGUUUUGCUGCGACAACGAAACCUAGGCCAAGAUAUAAUACCAUCACCACGUGAACCGAAACGAACAGAAAGUCUGUACACGCCUCAAAAGCCAGGCGUUGCUGCAGCAUCAGCUGGAGGUGGUGGUGGUGGUUUCUUCGGUAAAUCCGGUAAACUUAAGAGUAUUCCAAUUGCAUUGCCAUUGAGUCGAAAAAAGUCAUUGCCUGAUGUUCAGGAGCUUCCGCGUGCUACGUAUCCAAUGCCUCGCGAAGAAGUGUCGGCACUUGGUUCAGCACGACGCGAAGAAGUCCGACGUCAAAUCGAAUUAAGCGAACGGUUAAAGGCUAAUCCACUGCUUUAUUUGGUCAGUCCGCAAGUGAAGGACUGGUUCUCGCGCCAGCAACUAGUUCUGCUGGUGCUAGUGGUAAACAUAGCUCUGGCAAUAAUGUUCUUCAGAAUGCUUACAUAGCAAGAGGCGUAUUUUAUCGUUAAUGCCGUUUUACCGUGUUUAUCGUUUAUAAUAUUCAUCAAAUCCAUCGUCCGCGACUACAUUACGGAAGCAGUGAGGUUGUGUGCUGUUCAGGACUGCUUCAUCAUAUUCAACUCAUUCAAUUUAUGUGCAUGAUUUCUGAUCAUGAACAAUUUAUUAUUAUCACUUCUUCUUUAGUUGUUUUUUUUUUUGGUUCUGUACGCAACGGAGCGAAGACACUCCGGAACGAAAUUAAAAAAAUAAAAUAAACAAGCAACAAAACGUUAAUGAAAAUUAAACAAUUUUAUUUUUUAAUAUGAAACCAACGAAUUAUUCGACAUUCGUUUUGUUUGAAACGAAUUUAACGACAAAAAAAACAAUUGGCAUUUGAAUUAUAGAAAUUAUAUCAUUUCUAAGGUUGUCUGGAACAUUUAAUUUAAACUUAAUUGAUUAUAGAAAUUGUUUUUUAAAACAAAUCACAAUGUCUUGAACAACAACAAAAAAAGAAAACUUUAACAACAAAAUGAAAACCAUUGAGGAAAAACAAAUUGAAAAAAGACACACCUAGAGACACAAAAACGAACAUUUUUUGAAGGAAAAAAACACGUUUUUAUAAGAAAUACAGCCACAGAAAAGAAGAUGAAACUAGCGAAUAGAAAGAAAAUCGAACAAAUUUGAAUUGAAUAUCGACACUGUUAGACACUUAUAUAUUCUAAAGAAACAUCUCUUAACUCAACUCAAAGUCACACAAUUAUUUGAAAGAAACAAAAAGAUGAACGUAAACCAAAUCAAAACAAAAAAUGCUAGAAAUUUGAAAUUUUAUAAAGAAGAACAAGGAACACAUUGAAAGUAUAUAAUAAACAUUUAUAAGAUAGGGUUGGUCACAUAUAUAUAUAUUUGAGUCGCUAGCGGAUUGAAGCAAAUAAUUAAUUCUUUUUCUUUCUCGAGUUCGUAUCGAUGUUUAGACGAUGACAUUUUUGUUCGAUGGAAUAUAAAAAUUAUUAAAAAAAAAAAACAAUUUAAUUCAAAUCAAUAUUUACUGUUGAAAUCGAUAAUUUAAAUGAAUAUAUUUUAAAAUGAAAUGUCUCCUAUUUGAACGUUAUCCAAGAGAAAAACAAACACAAACGAAAGUUAUAAAUCCUUCUAAUAUUUUAAUUCGUUGGCCAAAACAAAUAUGUUUUUGUUGCUACUGUUGAUUUAUCUCGAAAUUGAUUCGAAUUUCUUUAUUGUAUUUAUUGUUAGUUUGAAAAAAAAAAACAUUGUUAUUUCAUUUCAUUUUAAGACACGAUCCAAAUCUGCAAUCAAAAAAAGCAAACUUUUCUUCUUAUUUGUUGAAAAAUUUCAUUUUUUUCUAUUGGUUAGUUUUAUUUGCCAAAGAAUCCUAUUUAAUUUGAAUACAAAAUUCAGUUUGAGUCUUCUUUUUACUUUCAUUUCAUUCGGAACACUAAAAACAGAGAGAAAAAACGGAACAAAAGGAGAACAAAACAUGUAUAAAAUGGAAUAUGUUUUAUUGUAUUACAAAAGAAGCAAACUUUUUGUUAUUUAGAGCAUUAAACACACUUGACAUUAGAAACAAACAACCAAAAUAUUUAUAUACAUGUAUAUUUCAUUCUCAUACAAUUUACAAUUAAAAACGUUUAUUCUAUUCGAUUUACAAAAA